AUGUCCAAAGGCACAGGUAGGAAAUUGGCCAUGGCGCUCUCACUGGCGCAGUACACUCUGGCACAGUCCAGCAAUUCGCUGCCGGGGGCUUCUUCGUAUGUCGCUCCGGCUGGCUUCCCGACUACAGCCUUCUCGACUUACUACCCGGUGCCUUCGGGGCAGGAGCCGCAGCCUGUGUUGGUCGAUCCCGUGUUGAACAGUACGUUAUACGCAACCCACAAGACUCCCUGCAUAGCAACGAAUGAAACUGACACUCACGUCGCAGUCACAUUUCCAUUGAAUCUCACGGACCCCAACACCAUCCCAGACGUCGACAACGACCCAGUCUACUACCCGAAGCCCAUCGCGAACCUCACAUCCAGCGAGCAGGAGAAACUCAUCUCAAAUGCCACCCACGAAAUCGCUCAGAUCCUCACCGGGCAAUCAUCGAAUUGCACGAAAUGCAAAGCAGCCCUAGAGGUGGCUCAGUAUGUCGCUCAACGGGCUCCUACCAAAUUACCAGCCGCUAUGGUCGAUUUUUGCGUCAGCACUGGAUUUGCCUCGAAAUCUUCUUGUUCAGAAGACUAUGCUGCAACGAACCUUGGUGCAUCGUGGGUGCAAGUGCUUGCUUUCGCCAACGUCACUGGUCUGGAUGGAGAUUACAUCUGCAAUCACCUGAGCUCGAGCUUCUGUCCUUACCCGGCCGUCUCUCCAUUGAACAUCUCGGAGUGGUUCCCAAGUCCGAAACCUGCGGACGCAGCCGCGAGAGUGCCCAAAGCGAGCGGAAAACGCAUCAAAGUCGCUCAGCUCAGUGAUGUACAUCUUGAUCCCAGAUACGACAUCGGAUCAGAAGGCAACUGCACAAGCAGCCUCUGUUGUCGCUCCAACGUCGUAAACAAGAACAUCCCCAACGGCACCAUCUCCUACCCGGCUCCACCCUUCGGCUACUACGAAUGCGACUGCCCGUACGACCUAGCGCUCGCCGCCUUCCAAUCCGUAGGCCCGUUGACCGGCACCAACAACGAAAAUCCCCUCGCAUGGACAAUCUACACGGGCGACCUCGUCAGCCACGACCCGCAAUCACAGCUCAGCAGGGCCUACGUCGAAUACGCCGAAGAUUCGAUCUUCGAAAUGCUCAGCGAGUACUUGACCGGACCUGUUUUCCCCGUGCUCGGGAAUCACGAUACCAAUCCGGUUGACACUAAUGCUCCUCACUCGCUGCCUGGAUCCCUGGGAACGCAGAUGAGCUGGAAUUACGACCAUGUUUCCAAGCUUUGGCAGCAACAUGGUUGGAUUGACGAUGCUGGGGCCAGUCAGGCGAGCUUGCACUAUGGCGCUUACAGCAUUAAGAACCAUUAUGGCCUCCGGAUGAUAACUCUCAAUACUGACUUUUGGUAUCAUUCGAACAUCUUCAACUUCAUCAACACCAGCAACCCCGACGUGAGCGGCUCGCUCAAAUUCAUCAUCGACGAGCUGCAAGCCGCCGAAGACGCCGGCGAGCGCGUCUGGAUCUUCGGCCACGUCCUCAGCGGCUGGGACGGCUCCAAUCCCCUGGUGAAUCCCACCAAUCUCUUCUAUCAGAUCGUCGAUCGCUACAGUCCGCACGUCAUUGCCAAUAUCUUCUGGGGCCAUACCCAUGAGGACGAGCUGAUGAUUUACUACGCCAACAAUGCGACUGUCCAGAGUCGGGAUACGGCGCUCAUGUCUGGCUGGACUGGACCCAGCGUCACACCGCUCACCAACCUCAAUUCUGGGUACAGAUUGUACUCAGUGGACUCUGGGAACUUCGAAAUCUACGACGCAUACACAUACUACGCCAACGUCAACGUCUUUCCGGCUUUGGAGAACACAAGCCACGGCCCGACCUUCAAGUUCGAAUACAGCACUCGCGAAGCCUACGGACCAGCAGCAAAUUGGCCUGCCGAUGCGCCGCUCAACGCUACAUUCUGGCACGCCGUCACGGAAGCAAUGGAGAACAGCACCAGCCUUGUCAGCCAGUACAACACCUAUCAAGGCAAGAUGAGCGUGUUGACGCCUAAUUGCACGAAUACUGAGUGCCAGGCGGCCAAGAUUUGCUAUAUGCGGUCGGGCAGCGCGGCUUUGGGCAAGGCGUGUCCGGCUGGGUAUGGGAGUGUGCAGUCUGCUUUUGAUCCGAAGUAG